UCCGUCCAUCUUUUUCCUCUUUCACUUUCUUUUCUUUUUCUCUCUUUUGCUGCAACUUUCCCUCCUCUUAUCACAUCUCUCUCUCUCUCUGAUGCCUCGUGAGUUCAAGCGAAGCUCGUCAAAACAGCGGGAAAUCUUAUGAGUCUCGCCUCCUCCGUCGCCUCCAGAAAAGGUAGCCUCCUCCGAUCUAAUCCGCCAUGCGCUCACCGCAGGGUCACCGCAACGGCGAGUCUCCGUCUCCGCACCACCACAACCAUCAUCGGCCACCGCAGACUCACUUCCAUUCCACAGUCGCCGCUAAGAAGCUCCGGCGGUUCAACUCGCUGAUCCUCCUCCUCCGCCUCGCCUCCUUCUCCUUCUCCCUCGCCUCCGCCGUCUUCAUGCUCACCAAUUCCCGCGGAGACGGCUCGCCUCACUGGUACGACUUCGACGCUUUCAGAUUCGUGUUGGUAGCGAACGCGAUCGUGGCGGUGUACUCAGUGUUUGAAUUGGGGGCUUCGGUUUGGGAGAUUUCGAGGGAGACGACGGUUUGGCCUGAGGCUUUCCAGGUCUGGUUCGACUUUGGCCAUGACCAGGCGUUUACGUACAUGCUGUUGGCGGGGGGAUCGGGAGCAGCGGGAGUGGCGAGGACGAUGAGGGGGAGCGAGACGUGCGCGGAGAAUGCGGCAUUCUGCACGCAGACUUACAUCUCUCUCGGGCUUGGCUUCGCCUCCUUCCUCUUUCUCGCCUUCUCUUCCUGCCUCUCUGGCUUUCGCGUCGCCUCUUUUCUCAUCACCGGCUCACGCUUCCACGUUUGACCGAUUUCAUCGCCAUGUUUCCUUCGUUAUAUAUAUGAACCCUUUUGUGAUUAUAUCAUGGAAACAUGAGUCUGUAAGUAUUUUUUUUUAAUAAAAUACAGUAAUACAGUAACAUGUAAUGGAUCAAUCAUGCAUAUCAAAUAAUAUAUCACACAUAGAACAUA